GCAUUCACAUUCCGGAUUGUGCGCUUAUCGCGAGUGGUUGCUCCCGUCGUUCCUGAAUAAUACUCGCAAUUUCAUUCAAAUUUAAUUGCACUUUUGUCAUACCACAACUGGAAUAAUCAUGUCUGCAUUUGAACUAAAGAGUCUUGAUGAAUGCUUGGAGAAGCAUUUGCCAGCCGAGGAGUUGAAAGAGGUCAAGCGCAUACUUUAUGGUGUGGAGAAGGAACAAACCCUGGAGCUGCCUGCAAGCUCCUUGACCACCGCCAAGGAGAAUGGCUUCGAAAUCAAAGGUUAUCGCUUCACCGCUCGCCCCGAAGAGCUAAGGAAGCCCCGUCUAGUGCGUGUGGGCGCCAUUCAGAAUUCCAUUGCACUGCCAACAACGGCGCCAAUUGCCGAGCAGCGUGAGGGCAUCUGGAAGAAGGUCAAGGCCAUGAUCAAGGCAGCAGCGGAAGCGGGCUGCAACAUUGUAUGCACGCAAGAGGCAUGGACUAUGCCAUUUGCUUUCUGCACACGCGAAAAGUUCCCAUGGUGCGAGUUCGCCGAGGAAGCGGAGAAAGGUCCCACCACCAAAAUGCUGGCCGAGCUAGCCAAGGCCUACAACAUGGUCAUCAUACACUCCAUUCUCGAACGCGAUGUCGAGCAUGGUGAGACCAUUUGGAACACUGCUGUCGUUAUCUCCAACAGCGGUCGCUACCUCGGAAAGCAUCGCAAGAAUCACAUCCCACGUGUGGGAGACUUUAACGAGUCCACCUACUACAUGGAGGGCAACACAGGACAUCCGGUGUUUGAGACCGAGUUCGGUAAGAUUGCCGUCAACAUCUGCUAUGGUCGCCAUCAUCCGCAGAACUGGAUGAUGUUCGGUUUGAAUGGCGCCGAAAUUGUCUUCAAUCCCUCGGCCACCAUUGGGCGACUCUCGGAGCCAUUGUGGAGCAUCGAGGCACGCAAUGCUGCGAUUGCCAACAGCUAUUUUACCGUGCCCAUCAAUCGCGUGGGCACCGAGGAGUUCCCCAAUGAGUACACCUCUGGCGAUGGGCAGCCGGCGCACAAGCAAUUCGGACCCUUCUACGGCUCCACCUAUGUGGCUGCUCCCGAUGGCACCCGCACUCCAAGCUUGUCGCGUUGCCAGGAUGGCUUGCUGGUCACGGAGCUGGACUUGAACCUGUGCCGUCAGGUCAAGGACUUCUGGGGCUUCCGGCAAACGCAACGUUUGCCACUCUAUGCGGAGUCGCUGAAGAAAGCAUCGGAGCUGGACUUCAAGCCACAAAUCAUUCGGGAGCAGUAAAGGUUUAAAGAGACCUUAAGCAUUUUUAUUAUUUAAAAUAUAACAAUGUAGCUAAAUGUGAAUACUUUGUGCUCAUUUACUACUACCUAUAUGUAGUAUAUAAACUUUUACAAAUCCUUCUGAUAGUAUCCGGCGAGACGACGCGCCUCCCGUAUACCCGUCUCCACAGCUCCAUGCACCGUUGAAUAGUGGUCGGAGCUUGUCGCCUCGCCAGCAAACAGGAUUAGGGGUCGCACCGUAAUCGGUCUGAUGUCCAGCAGGGAGACAUACGAUGGAGUCGUCGGCUCAUAGGCAAGCACAUUGACCGGUUGAGCUAGUUGAUCGGGACCCGUGUUGUAACUCUUUGUCAGCAUCGAGGGAUACGAAUAGGAACCCAUAUGAGCGGGAUCAAUGCUCCAGUGACUGGUUACCACGCACUUCGGUUGUGUGACUUUCAUUUUGGGCAAAAACUUGCGUAGCAUAAGCAUAAUUCCGAGGGUCAACAGUUUAGAGUCAAUCGAUUCAAUGAUCUCCGUAUUGGGGCCUGCUGCCCAGCCGAGCAGGACCCGCGGUUGAUGCGCAUAGGGUUGAAUACUGUAGAUGUCCGAGAGCCAUUCCAGCUGCGGCUGAUUCAAAUCAUCUGCACACCACAUUGCAUUGAAGCCCGUCCAAUCGUCCUUCCAGAACGGUUCCUCGAACUCUGCAAAUAUUUUACACACAUGCCCGAAGCCCAUAAAAUUGAUGGCCUUGCGUUUUGCCAGCGGCAGAUUUGGAAAGAAGAGUCGCGGAUUCUUCUUGAGCACACCCAACGAAGCGGUAAUUACCACAUGAUCGGCUAAAUACUGAUUCUUGUUCUCGCACGUGAUCUGUAUGGUGCCAUCGAUGCGAUCCCAAUCGAUCUUGAGCACACGCGAGUUCAAGUCAAUGCAGCCUUGAAGCAAACCAUGCUCAUUCAUCUCAUUACCAUCGACCAGGACGCGCAGGAACUGCUUGUAGCUGUCAAGGAAAGGCAAGAGCUACAUAUGUAUGUUGUUUUGAAAUAAAGUAUAUUCGAUCCUUACCCCUUGUCACGCCAAUUGAGCGUGCCAUCCCCUUGACACGGUCGAAAGGAACCGUAGUCAGCCGCAUUCAUGUCCGUGUCCACAGCUGAGCCCUCCAUUUUCUUGAAUGUGCGCAGAAAAUCGACAGCCCAUUCGCGAUCAAUGUGCUUCAUAUCUGGCUUCGAUAGCGCCUCGGCAAACUUCUCCACCAGAUACUCACCAUAGGUGCCGUCGCAAUCAAUGAGAUCCUCAUGCUGAUUCCGCACUAUGCUCCUCAUCACCUUAACAAGCUUGACCAGCAUAGAGCGUGGCAUCAUCUGGCCAUUGGAGCGUAUCCACUCCACAUUGAUAUAUGCAUCCCAGCUUGAUGUAUCCAGCAGAUUGAGUCCCUUGACCAUCUGAUACACCACAUUGCCAUGCUUGCCAUUUACCCACUGUGCACCGACAUCAAUGUAGUUGUCCGCAAACUUCAUUGUUCGAAUGCGACCACCAAUUCGAUCUGACAUCUCCAAAAUGCGUACAUGUUGGAAGCCCUGCUUCUUCAGCUCCAUGGCGCAAGCCAAGCCAGCGGCACCUGCGCCAAGGAUGACAAUAUUCGGCUCCGAAUGAAAGGACUGGCUGAGCUUCUUGGGUGUCUUAGCCUUGGACGCAUGGUAACGAUUGUGGAGCUGUCUAUGUGUUUUCUUCGAAUAGCACUGCAGGCAGCGAGGAUUAGGGAGUCAGACGAGUUAAUAGGUAACGGCUAAACACACUUACACUUCCCAUAGACCGUAAUUUUUACAAACAUUUAUAACUGACAAUUUUGUGUUUGAAGCACAACCAGCCUACCUCCUGAAUAGAUAACACGAAAUUAAAAUCAACCUAAUCAAAUUAUAUAUACAGUUCAUAUAUGUUAUAUCAAAAAACUUUUCUUAUGAGGUUGGUUUUUUUUUAAAUACUCCCUAAAAAAGCAUCACCUUUCUUUUAAUUCGAACGUAUUCCCUCCAUGUUGAAUUUCCUCAUCCUAACUACUUUAGGCUAUUCUAGUAUUAUUAACUACUCUAGGGUAGACCACACUAACUGAACCCUAAAAUAGUUGCAGCUAUUCUUGACUAGACUGAACUCCAGGAUCUACAAUUUGCAUACCUAAAUUAAUUAGAAAUUCGUGGGCAAGUAAUAAAUA